GUGCCCCACCGCUCUGCACGCUCAAGGACUCCCGUCCUCUGCUUUAGGCGGAAAAUGCUGUUGCUUGAUUGCAACCCAGAGCAGGAUAGUCUGAAGCAUCUGCUGGAGGCCGGGACCUCGGUCAACGCACCCCCGGAUCCCUGUGAGCAGUCGCCUGUCCACUUGGCCGCAGGUGGCGGCCGUGCUUGCUUUCUUCUCUGGCAGCUGCAGACCGGCGCGGACCUCAACCAACAGGAUGUUUUUGGAGAAGCUCCACUCCACAAAGCAGCUAAAGUGGGAAGCCUGGAAUGCCUUAGCCUGCUUGUAGCCAGUGAUGCCAAAAUUGAUUUAUGUAAUAAGAAUGGGCAGACAGCUGAAGAUCUUGCUUGGUCAUGUGGAUUUCCGGAAUGUGCCAAGUUUCUUACAGCAAUUAAAUGUAUGCAGACAACACAAUCAAGUGAACAAUCCAGUAGGGAGCAUUGUGUUCCAGUGCUCAGACAGAAACGAAGCUUUGGAAGUGCAGAAAACACAAGCGGGAAAAGGAAAUGUCUUAUUGGUUAUGAAGAAGUGUGAAGAGGCCCCACUUGGUGCAAACCUACUGCUCAGCUACAAGCCACAGCUUUCGGCUGGUCAGAUGUGUCUAAACGCCUUCUAAGAAGGAGAACUUUCUUCUAAGGGAAGAUAACAUGAAUACAUGUAUUUACAU